AUGUUGCCGCGCGUGGUCACGAUCUUGACCCUGUUGGCCACAGUCGCGAGGGCUGUCGACCCUUGCGCCACCAUAGCCGGCCAAAAAUGGACAUCUCCCCAGGAUGUCAGGACUUGCUUCGCCUCGUUCAAAGUCGACCCGGAAAUCAAGGCCAACGUA